CACUCAGACAGCAGGCACACGUGGAGCAAAGAGGCAGAGACAGAGAAGGACGUGAAGAGAGGCAGAGAGAGACCAAUAAAGAGCGAGAGAGAGUCAAACAGCUGCCACAGACUGGGAGCAGUUUGUGCUAUUGGGAUUGAAACAGACAAAGUAAAGAAACAAAGGACCAAGAAAGCGGUUUAGAGAAGUAAAGAGGACAAAUCAACAACCGUUUGACUUUAAAAUGCCAUUUUAAAGUUGGCUUUCGUCCAAAGGAUUAACUGAAAGAAGAACUGAGCUUUGGGAUGUGAAGUGUUUUCAUUUAAACCAAGAGAGAAAAACAAGAGGGACCUGAAACCUGCAGCCACCUGUGACAGCAGCUCUGAGGUCAAGUUGCUCUUGACCACUGACUAAGGAUCAACUUGCUGACCUUUUAAACCAAGCCUAAUUUAGCACCAUAAGGGCUACGUCUGUCUCACCUGGCUUAACAAAUUUAGCAAAGAAGAGAAGUUGGGGUGAAGUAACAGUUUAAGCAGUGGACGCCUUUAGACAGCAGCAUCAACAGAAAAACUGUUAAGCCGCUUCCGAUAACAAGUUGAACCUCAAUAAGUGGAAGUCACACAAGGAUUGGUCAGUAGCUGUCAGAGCCUUGUUGCGGUGAAGAUGACAUUUGCCAUGCUUCGCACGGCCCCUCCCGCAGGCCGCUUCUUGUACGGCGACAUCGCCCUCCUCUCCGAAGACGAUGAUGAGAAUGGGAGUGAGGGGUCGGGCUCCGAAGAGCGUACCACCAACUCCUCCAACUCGGCCUACCGCCUGUCCUCCUCGUCGCCAUCUGCCUUUCACAUCAAGGUGAACAGGAAGAGGAAGAUGUGCCAGGGAAUUGGGAGCGGGGUAGAGGCCAUGGUGGGGAGGCUCGGCCCCCCGGGGUCCUCUCCUCCUGGGGAGGGCCGCCAAAGGACCGCAGCCAACGCGCGGGAGAGAGAUCGCACCAAUUCUGUCAACACAGCAUUCACAGCUCUGCGCACACUCAUCCCCACCGAGCCUGCAGACAGGAAGCUUUCGAAGAUCGAGACACUACGUUUGGCCAGUAGCUACAUCAGUCAUCUGGGGAACGUCUUGCUCCUGGGCGAGGGGCUUCAUGAUGGACAGCCGUGCCACGCUCCCUCACCGCCAUUCUUCCACGUUAACUCCUCCCCCCCACGAGGAUCUGACCAAUCAGCUCAGCCAAAGCACAUCUGUACUUUCUGCCUCAGCAACCAGAGGAAAAUGAACAAAGACAGAGACCGGAAGACGGCCAUCAGAAGUUAACAAUGAGGACACAAACCACACGGAUGAAAGUCUCGUCACUUGAGCGACGCUUUCUGUGAUUCUACUAUUACUGCAACUUGAAGACUUGUCAGACUUCAAAGACUUUUGAAGGACUUCUUUAGCACUUCCAGGACUUUUCAAGGAACUUUACCAAGCAUUUCUUCUUUUUUAAAAAAAACACAUUUUGUAUCACUUUACAAGAACUUUUUUACUUUUAAGGGUGUUUUCAAAUACGUUUGAAACACUUCUGAAAAGUUGAACAGUACUUUUAAAGGGCUUUCACAUGAUUAUGAAGACUGUUUCAACAACACUUAUAAGAGACGUUUUACUGAAUUGUUCAAAGACUCUUUGUUCAGAGUCUAAGGAACUUAUGGCACAUGAUCGAAAAACACACAGAACCUAUGAAAGAUUUGUAUUCAUCAAAAGCUGUGUGUUCUUAAUGUGUAAACUGAAAUAUAAAUGUAUAUUUAUGUGACAUAACAUUAUAUAAUGAAACUAUGUUAUUUAACCGGCAUUGACAUUCAUGACAAAUAAUGAAAGGUAUAAAGGUGCAACACAUGGGCUAUUGACACAAUUUAUGGCAUCAUAGAAAACAUGCUGGAACUUUUGUGGUAUUGGUUAUUUCUAAUAAUCAUCUCUGAAAAUUUCUUAAUGCUGGAAAAUAACUCAAGAUGACCAAUAAAUUGUUUGUAUAUCUGGGAGUUCA